AUGGUCAAACGGAAGGUUGCCGCGCUCGAAAAGAUUGAGGCGGAUCUUGUAAACCUACAGUACAAGAUACGGAGGGAUCCCAGAUCGUACGCCCAGGAAUUCCACGACCAGUGGCUCGCAUACGAUGCGCAACGCCAAAUUUUCAUCUCAUCGCCUGCGACCGUCUCAAGCGAAGAUGCCAAGAAAUUCCAUGACCUCGUCGACCUUGUCGCGCACGUCGCAGACCUAUACCCCGAGCUGACCGCCCCGUACCCCGACCACCUUAAAGAGCUCUUGAACCAACACCAUGCAACUCUUGACAAGGAGCUGCGCGAGAAGAUUGUAGGUAGCUUGGUGCUCCUGCGGAGGAAGGAUGUCAUUGACUCAACGAGUCUUUUGACAACCCUCUUCCCGAUCCUCAUAUCGACGUCCAGCAAGACAUUGCGCUCGUUGUUGUACACCAAGAUUAUUAGUGAUCUUAGAGAGUCCAACUCGAAAACGACGAACCACCGGCUCAAUAGGACCAUCCAGACGGUCCUCCACAACCUUGUCACCUCGGACCGCACAUCGACCAAGGGAAUGUGGGCAACGCGGAUUACCCGCGAACUCUGGCGCCGCCAGAUAUGGACAGAUGCCCGGCCCUGCGACGUCAUGAAGGAGGCUUGCCUCAGUGACAACGAAAAGGUGGUCGUUGGCGGUGUGAGGUUCUUUUUGGGUGGAGACAAGGAACGCGAGGAGCUUGAAGACGAGUCAAGCGAUGAGGAUAUUGAUAUCAAGAAGGUCAAGCACCAAGGGGUCAUAAAUAAGAAGACCAAGAAGCGGCAAAAGGCGUAUGAGAAGGCAGUUGACAAGAUCAAGAGGAAUGAGCGCAAGAAGCAUGCGCCACACCCUCUCAACUUCUCGGCGCUUCACCUCAUCCACGACCCUCAGGGGUUCGCGGAGCAACUAUUCCAAAAGCACCUCCAAAACAACAAGAAUAAGUUUACGCUCGAGAACAAGCUGCUUAUUCUCCAACUGGUCACCCGUCUUGUCGGUCUGCACAAGCUCACCAUCAUCUCGCUCUACUCCUGGUUCGUCCGCUACCUAACGCCCAAACAACUGAACGUUACGUCAUUCCUGGCGUCGUUAGCUCAGGCAACACACAACCUGGUUCCGCCAGACGUUCUUGAGCCUUUGGUGGUCAAGAUCGCGAACGAAUUCGUGUCCGAGGCGUCCGCAGCUGAGGUAGCUUCCGCCGGUAUCAACGCCAUUCGCGAGGUGGCGCUACGCCAGCCAUUGUGCAUGACCGAAACUCUGCUGCAGGACUUGGUCAUGUACCAAAAGAGCAAGGACAAGGGGGUUGUAAUGGCAGCUAAGGGUCUACAGUCACUCUAUCGUGAGGUAUACCCAGAGCUUCUGCAGAAGAAGUUCCGCGGCAAGCAGGCAACCAUGGGCUUGCGAACAGGCGAGGUCAAGCAGCGGCAGUUUGGUGAAGAAGAGCAAGGGGGUAUCGAAGGCAUCGAGUUACUCGAGAAAUAUAAAGAGGAGCAAAAGAGGAGGAAGCGGGAAGAGGCGUUGGAGAAUGGGGAUGCAGAGAAGAAGGACGACGACUCAGAAGACGAUGGCUUCAACUCGGACGACUGGGAAGUGGGUUCCACCGACAGCGAGUCCUCGGGUGGCUGGAUCGACGUCAGCAGUGAUGAAGAUGACGAGCCGGCAAAAAAGAAGCGCCGGAAACAAGGAGACGCCGACGACGAAGCACCCGAGCUCGUCGACACAUCUGCGCACCCAGAAGCCUCGGCCGAAGCUGACCUCAUAUCCAAGUUGGCUACCACCUCCAUUCUCACGCCUGCCGAUCUCGCCAAGCUGGAAGAGCUCCGGCGCGAAGCCAAGGUCGAAAAGGCUCUCGGUCGCACUUCCAAACGGAAGAAGGAGCUCAUUGACAAGCACAUUGAGGACGGCGUCACGGCGGAUGACAUUGAGCUACCGGCGCAGCUGGGCAAGAAGACGACUAAGGAGGAGAGGGUUGCACUGGCACGCGAGGGCAAACCGGGCCGUGAGGAGCACAAGUCGACACAGGCGAUCCGCCGUGCUAAGAAGGAUGCCGAGGGCAAGAGCACGACCAACAAGGAGAAGGCGCGGAAGAAGAACUUUAUGAUGACCAUCGGCAAGGCAAGGGCCAAGAACAAGCGGAGUUUGGUCGAGACCAGCAAGUCGAUGAGGGCGCAUAUUGCGAGGAGCAAGAGUGGUGGGCGGAGAAGGAAUGGGUCGUAA